UCCGCUCGAGUCGCUAUCUGUGUUGGAAAAAGGACUUUGUGAAACUGCAGCGAUGUCAGUCCAGGUUGUGGCAGCGAAAAUGGCAGAGGUCGAACUCAAAGACGUCCCCACCGGCAAAGACUUACCGGCUGAAUCUCCGAUGACACCGACGUCGGAGGGCAAGAGCCUCGGCAGGAACGACCCGCACGAGGCCGGUUCCUCUGCCGCUGCGUCCCCUACAGCGGAGCCCUCCGCGAAAGCCGGGGACGGCAGCCUGGGCUUGCUCACUCCGAACCCCGCGAAGAUGCCGCAGGCGUCGGCUAUGAAGCGGACGGACCCGCAGCAGAACGGCGGUGAGGCUUUUGUCAACCGUGACGGUACCGUUGCCGAGGCUCCGCGGAUGAAAAAGAUCCAGUUUGCUGACCAGAAACAGGAGUUCAACAAGCGUCCCUCUAAGAUUGGUCGGCGCUCUCUGUCCCGCUCCAUCUCCCAGUCCUCCACAGACAGCUACAGCUCAGCGGCAUCAUACACGGACAGCUCUGACGAUGAGACGUCUCCUCGGGACAAACAGCAGAAGAACUCCAAGGGCAACGCGGACUUCUGCAUCAAAAACAUCAAACAGGCUGACUUCGGACGCAGAGAGAUUGAGAUUGCCGAACAAGAGAUGCCAGCCCUAAUGGCCCUGAGGAAGCGAGCCCAGGGGGAGAAACCACUUGCCGGUGCCAAGGUGGUGGGCUGCACCCACAUCACUGCCCAGACUGCUGUGCUGAUGGAGACUCUGUCAGCUCUGGGGGCUCAGUGCAGAUGGGCAGCUUGCAACAUCUACUCCACCCAGAAUGAAGUGGCAGCUGCCCUGGCAGAGGGAGGUUUCAGUGUAUUUGCAUGGAAGGGUGAGUCAGAGGACGACUUCUGGUGGUGCAUCGAUCGCUGUGUCAACGUGGAAGGCUGGCAGCCCAACAUGAUUUUGGAUGACGGUGGAGACCUCACUCACUGGAUUUAUAAAAAAUACCCCAACAUGUUCAAGAAGAUCAAGGGCAUCGUAGAGGAGAGUGUUACUGGCGUGCACAGAUUGUAUCAGCUGUCCAAGGCAGGGAAGUUGUGUGUCCCAGCCAUGAACGUCAACGACUCUGUGACCAAACAGAAGUUUGAUAACCUCUACUGCUGCAGGGAGUCCAUCUUAGACGGCCUGAAGAGGACCACUGAUGUCAUGUUUGGAGGCAAACAGGUGGUGGUGUGUGGAUACGGAGAGGUUGGAAAAGGCUGCUGUGCUGCCCUGAAAGCAAUGGGCUCCAUCGUCUACGUCACAGAGAUCGACCCCAUCUGUGCCUUGCAGGCCUGCAUGGAUGGCUUCAGGCUGGUGAAGCUGAACGAAGUCAUCAGACAAGUGGACAUCGUCAUCACCUGCACAGGCAAUAAGAACGUGGUGGUGAGAGAGUACCUCGACCGCAUGAAGAACGGCUGCAUUGUCUGCAACAUGGGACACUCCAACACCGAGAUCGAUGUGGCAAGCCUGCGGACUCCUGAGCUGACCUGGGAGAGGGUCCGCUCUCAGGUGGACCACGUCAUCUGGCCUGACGGCAAGAGGAUAGUCCUGCUGGCUGAGGGUCGUCUGCUGAACCUCAGCUGUUCCACUGUGCCCACGUUUGUGCUCUCCAUCACUGCCACUACCCAGGCUUUGGCUCUGAUAGAGCUGUACAAUGCUCCAGAGGGACGCUACAAACAGGAUGUUUACCUGCUGCCCAAGAAGAUGGAUGAAUAUGUGGCCAGCCUACAUCUGCCUACCUUUGAUGCACAUCUUACAGAGCUGAGCGACGAACAGGCCAAGUAUCUGGGCCUGAACAAGAACGGGCCCUUUAAGCCAAACUACUAUAGGUAUUAAACCAGUCCUGCGGCUGGACUUUGGAAAUACCAAUACUCCAUGAAUCGCACAGACUCAAAGAGGGAGUGGAGGAGGAGGAUGACGAGGACAGAAUAGUCAACACACCUGCUUUAUAUUUGGAGGGGGGAAAGGGGGAGGGUGGGGAGGAGCUGUGAUCGAGCCUGAAGGAGAAUGGGGUUGCGGAGGGGGUGAGGAGGGUGGAUUUCCAUGCGCUUAUGGCAGUCGUUUUAUUUAUUCACGCUUGACAAUAAUAAUAAUAAUAACAUUAACUCUAACUCUGUGGAGCUGCUCCUGCCAUUCGCCACUAGCUAGCUCCCCGGCGUCUUCUCCUGGGGGAUGUUUUACUUCCUCUUCCACUCGUCAUCAUGCCACCAUUAUCUCGUUCUCUUUAGACGCUCAUUUGUGUGUCGAGUUGUAUGUCAACCCUCCAUCCUCCCUUCCCAUUGCCAGAUCUUUUAUUGUUUAACUAUUAAAGAUGAAAUUAUUGACGCUAAAAAUAUAUAUACUAUAUGAAAAAAAAACUUGAUUAAAAAAAUCUGUGUGAAUGAAAA